AUGUCCUUAUCAGGAUCAACAGCAGAAGAUACCAAUAAAACCAACGAUGCUGGUUUAAUGCAUAAUGAUGUCAAAGGUCCUGAGCCUACUGUUGAAAAUCCCGGAGGUGUCUUCCCACAAGUAGGAAGCACACCCGCCGAACCUGGAACCAUGCCUGGAUCAGGUGCACCAGAUCAUCAUGGCGAUGUAAGGGGUGUAUUCGGUAACCCUCAGCAAUUCAAUGAUACGUUCAGAGACCUCUCAACCGCAUUCACAGACGCAAUUAACAAGGUCAAAGAUGAAUCCGGAUCAGGUAUAGGUUCAGUCGGUAAAACACUUAUUGAUAAACUUGAAUCGAUGAGAGAUGAAAUUGACGGUUGGAGAAUGGGUAAAGGUUUACCUGAAGUGGAAGAACAAGGUGGUGAAAGGAAUGAUAGUGUUGAAAGAGCAAAAGGUGAUGGAGGUGGUUUAUACGCUGAUUAG